UCUUAUAAAUGUUGUAGAUUUAUUUUAUCAAAACGUAAACAAUACCCGGAUUUAAUAAUAAAGAUGAGCUUACCGGCAGCUUUGUUGCAGCGGCAAAAGCGAGGACUUGUGAGCAAACAAUCGGGAACCACACCAAUAUCGGAAGCUAUAGAAGAUAUAGCCGAAAACUACGACGAUGAUGACAAGAGUGGCCCAUAUCCAUAUAAGGAGGACACCGCACCGGAACCCAAACGCAGGAGCACGGAGGAGCUUUGGUCGCACCGCAUCAAGGAGCGGAUUGGCGUGAAUGAGUCCUAUCACGGAUAUAAGUUGUGCCCCAACAAGUACAACAUAUACCACAAGUGCUCGCUGUACUGCGUGAAUAAGUUCAACAGCUCCCCGCUUUCGCACUCCCAACCAAGUCACAAGUAUCUGAAGCGCUACAAGAGACUGCUGCGAAAGUAUCCCCUGGAGGCGGGAUGGAAGGACAUAUACGACAAGGGCUGCAAGGCCUAUUACUUUUAUAAUUCGAACACUCAAACUGUCUCCUGGCUCCCGCCAUCCCAUCCCAAAGCCCGGAUUACAAACAGUGCCGCCGUAUUUCGCCGGCAACUGGCCAAUUCCAACGAUGAGUUCAAUUUCGACUCCAGCAACUUGGUGCUGCCCAAAUCUUCUGGCCUAAAUGAACUCGAUGAGGAUGAUAACGCAUUCAGUUCUUCUGUUUUCGUUCCCCACAAGAAGCAAAAGUCAAGGGACUUGGAUCGCAAACUUCAGCGGCGACGACGUAAUGAUAAUUAGCAGCACUUUUAAAUGAAGUAUUCUCCUGUUCAAAAUAAAAGAAUAACUGGAAUACAACAUCAUU